AUGGCCAAACUAUACUAUUGUCACUCUUGCCUCUGUAUUCUCUCAACCUCACUCUAUUUUUACUUCUUCACUUGCUUAGCUUUGAGUACUAAAAAAAACAUCACCACCGAUGAAUUUGCUCUUCUUUCAUUCAAAUCAUCUAUUACCCUAGACCCUUUUAAUGUGCUUAGUAAUUGGUCAAUUUCCUCUAAUUCUUCUUUUUUCUCUUCAUGCAAUUGGCUUGGUGUUACUUGUGAUCAACAUCAUGGAAGAAUAAAGGCAUUGAAUCUUAGUAACAUGGGCCUUCAAGGUACCAUUUCACCUCAAUUGGGAAAUCUCUCUUUCCUUGUUGUUCUUGAUCUACAAGGCAAUAGUUUCCACGGAAGCAUUCCACAUGCUAUUGGUCAACUUGAUAGGUUAAGGAUUUUGGAUAUUCGAGAUAACGUGAAGCUGUCUGGAAUGAUACCAACAACAAUUUCAAAUAUGGCUUCACUUCAAAAACUUCAUUUAUCAAAUAACUCUUUAUCAGGAGAAAUUCCUAAAGAAAUAGGCGAUCUUACACAACUGAGAACUGUGAACCUUGAAUAUAAUAUCCUCACUGGAAACAUAUUAUUUAUGUUCAACUCAUCAUUGUUGCAAGACUUGAAUCUUGGUUUCAAUAAUCUGUCUGGAAUUCUUCCAUCAAAUGUUUGCCAAGGACUUCCAAACCUUAGAUUACUAUAUCUAUUUGCUAAUGAUUUUUCUGGUAAGAUGCCAAAGAUUUGGAGUUAUUGCAAAGAGUUGGAAGAUUUGGAACUAUCUCACAUUAACUUUGACAAGGGACCUUUGCCAGCUGACAUUGGAAACUUGACCAAGCUUCAAUAUUUGUUUGUUGUUAAUAACAACUUGGAGGGUGAAAUUCCAGACUCUUUCUUCAACCUCUCUUCUUUGAUAUAUAUCAACUUUGACAUAAACAAUUUAAAUGGAACUCUCCCAAACAAGAUGUGUCAUCAACUUCCUCAACUUCAAUACUUCUCUGUCCACGUUAAUCAGUUAAGAGGAAUCAUUCCAAGAUCGAUUGGCAACUGCACUUCGUUGCAAUUUUUAAGUUUUGAAGACAACUUUUUUACAGGUAUACACUCAAUUUUAUGUCUUCAUCUUUAG